UACCAAUAUGGCAGAAGCGGUGGGUCUUGCGCGGUAACUAAAGCAACAUAACACAGGAGCACACUGUCAAAUUCAACACUAAUCAGUACAAGACCGCAGCGAUGAGGGAGAGACAGAAGAAAAAGAAGGGGAGGACAUGGGCAGAAGCUGCUAAAACGGUAUUGGAAAAGUACCCGAACACACCCAUGAGCCACAAAGAGAUCCUACAGGUGAUCCAGAGGGAGAGACUGAAAGAGAUCAGUGGUACUUCCCCGCUGGCAUGUCUUAAUGCUAUGCUCCACACCAACUCUCGCAGUGACGAAGGGAUCUUUUACAAAGUACCUGGGCGAAUGGGGGUCUACACACUGAAGAAGGACAUUGGGGACGUGGUGAAGGAACUGUCUGAGGAGGGGUCAGAGGAGGGGUCGGAGGUGAAGGAGCUGUCUGAGGAGGGGUCGGAGGAGGAUGGUAGUGAUAAUCUGUCUGAUUCCCAGAGAAGCACAGAGAACAACAACUACAACGCUAACAACCAGGAGGGCAGGAGGGGACGGUGGAGGAGGAGAGGGCCCUCCAAGCUGCCGCCUGAUCCGUUGUCUCCUCAGCCACGCUGUUCAUCUCCCUCUGUCCCCAGCAGCAAGCUCAUCUCUCCCUCACAGAAACACUGCAAGAAGGCCCUCAAACAGGCCCUGAAGCAGCAGCAGCAGAGGAACCAGCGGAGACAAGGGGGCAUGCCCACAACCUCCAGCCCUAGACUACUGCUUAAGACUGACACCAUUGCCAGUAAGACCGACUCCUGUCCUGCUGCUGGUACCAGGAAGAUGUCCCAGAGGUCCAGUCGACUCAGUGCACGGCAACUGAAGCGUACCAAGUGUGCAGAGAUAGACGUUGAGACACCAGACUCUAUCCUGGUUAACACCAACCUGCGUGCCCUGAUCAACAAACACACCUUCUCUGUCCUGCCCACAGAGUGCCAAGAGAGGCUACUGACGCUACUGCCUGAGGGCGACCAACAGGCCUGUAUGGAUGGUCUGUUGAAGGUCACCAGUUCUGCCUUAAACAAUGAGUUUUUCACAUCAGCAGCUCAGUCCUGGAAGGAACGACUGGCGGAAGGUGAGUUCACUCCUGAGUUGCAGCUGAGAAUGCGUCAGGAGAUUGAGAAGGGGAAGAAGGUGGAGCAUUGGAAGGAGAGCUUCUUUGAGAACUACUAUGGUGAAAACUCUGGACUCAGCUUAGAGGAAUCCAAAGAGCUGCUUGAGUCUGGUCUCAGUUUGGAGCUCUCAGCCACCAAAGCCCAGUCGUCUCCUCCAUCACAGCCACGUCCUGCUGGCCAAGUACUGCAAGACGCCAAGAUCCCUGCGAACAGCUGCCAGACUCGCUCUUCAGAGAGGAGGCUCCGAUCUUCAUCACUGCCCAUAAACCCGACAUGUAAACCCAUAGAACCUACCAAGUCAAGGCCAGAGCCUGUUCAAGACGAACCAGUAGCAGUCCCACCCGUUGUACUACCGGUGCUGCCAAAGAUCGUUCAGAAGACACUGGAGGUUGAGUACCCCAGACACAGGACUCGUAGUAGAGGUUUAUCCCUACCUAUAGUGGCAGUGGAGGCAGCUCUUGUGCGGAGACAUGAUGUGGUGGAUUCAACCUCAACGGUUACUCCACUUGGAGACAAGCAGAAGGAGAAAGAUGAGGAGCAGGAUUUGAAAGAAGCCCAGCCAGACACCCCCCAGUACCCUGAGAUCCCCCCGUCCCCUGAGAUCCCCCCGUCUCCUGAGAUCCCCCCGUCCCCUGAGAUCCCCCCUUCCCCUGAGAUCCCCCCGUCCCCUGAGAUCCCCUCGUCCCCUGAGAUCCCCCCGUCCCCUGAGAUCCCCCCGUCCCCUGAGAUCCCCCCGUCCCCUGAGAUCCCCCCGUCCCCUGAGAUCCCCCCGUCCCCUGAGAUCCCCUCGUCCCCUGAGAUCCCCCCGUCCCCUGAGAUCCCCCCGUCCCCUGAGAUCCCACCAUCCCCUGCCCAGGAGAGUCAUCCAGAGGUCUGCCCCCAGAUGAAGCUCAGUUCAUCACUGCCCAUCGACCUUCCAGAGCCUCUGGGAGUAGACAAGCAUAGUGGGGAGAGGAGGGAAGAUGUUGGCGUUACACCAGAGAGAGGAGCCUCAGCCCCUGUGUCAGUCACCUCUGUAUCCGCCCCUGUAUCCGCCCCUGUACCCACCCCUGUACCCACCACCCCUGUACCCACCACCCCAUCCCCAGAGCCGUUGAAAAGGAAGUCCUCGUCCAGUGAACAGGAAGUAGAGCUGACUCCAGAGAAGAGGGCCCGCAUCACUCCACCAGCAGUAUCUGUGGUAACCUCUCCAGCAGCCACAGUAACAACAGCAGAGACAGUGCCCCCGCUUCAGAUUACUGUGUCGCGAAUCCUAUCAGUCCCAGUCCUUGCAUCUCCAACCCAGGUGUCCCCCAGGACCCCUCUCCCUGUCUCCCUCAGUCCCAGUCCCAGCCCUGGUCCUAGCCCUGGACGCAUUGGUGCUCGCACUCUGGCUGACAUCAAGGCUAAAGCCCAGCUAGCCCGGACCCAACGUGCAGCAGCAGCUGCAGCGAGCUCCUUCUCUAAAGGUGCAGUACCAGGCCCAGGACCAGGAGGAGGCAAUGGAGAGCAAGGAAACCAUAGAGCUUCAGCUCAGACCCUCCACUCCAGACCCUCCUCCUCCACCCAAAGCUCCACCCAAUCUCAGUCAACCACCAAGCUGCCAGCAAGCCUCACCAUUGGUCAAUCUACCUGUCAAUCACCCGAUGCAGUCACCACACUAGCCCACUCCCGUUCUGUCCAAUCAGGCUCCUCUGUGCCCUUUGACCUUAGCCUGUCUCAAAGAGGCUCCAACACCAGCAGAGCGUCUCUCACUGAUGAUCGACAGAGAGGCUACUCUGCUGGUAACAUGAGCCCAGGUUUUCUGAUGGGGCCUCAACAUGGGAACAGUCAACAUACAUCACACCCAUCAGGUCCCCAGUCAACCUCUAGCCUCACUUCAUCUGUGUGUGGUGUGAAGAGCCAGUAUGUAUCUGGAGGCUCCAUGGCAGCCAGGGCUAGCCACUUCAUCCCAGCCAACAACCCCCUGGUCACAUCUCUCCUCCAGGGGAAAGAGGUUCCUCUGGAACAGAUCCUCCCCAAGCCGCUGGCCAAGGCAGAGGUCCAGGUGGCCCAGACCAAACCCUCCCAUGAUGACAAAUGGAAGAUAAAGUCCCACAGCACAGCCGGGACAGCCAGUGGUGAAAGCCAGAGUCAGUACCUACACUCUGGUGGUGUGGAGGACAACAGUAGAUCCAAACAGCAAGGAUCCAUAGGCUGCUCCCCCUCUGCCAUACCUGGAACAAGAGCAGGUAAGUUGGCAGAGCUCCAGCACCAUCAAAGGGAAACACCUAACAAAGACAUCCAGGAGCAGAUCCUCAGGGCUCUGAUGCAGAGGGCCACCCAGCAGCACCAGAACCAGCCGUAUGGGGUCUCAGGCGAGGCUCAGCGUGCCCAGUUUGGAGCCUGCAAUCUAGGGCACCAGGAGGAGUGUGGGGAUCGUCCCCGGUUCUCCGCGGGGUUCCCUGGAAGGAAGAGGAUGUCCAGGCCUGCCAUGUCAGGGCACUACCUCCUCAAUGUUUCCACGUACGGACGAGGCUCAGAGAGCAGUAAACGCUCCCACCCAUUGGCUACCGCCAACACCUCACUGACCCCUCUGGCCAAUCUGAAGAGAGAACACACAGAGGGAGAGGAGCUGGCUAACGAAGGGGAGGAGUCAGUGGAGAAUAAGCCUCCUUCUCAUUCUAACUCAGCCGGAGGAGUCAAGAUGGAACAGCAGGGCUUCUCAAUCACAAAAAUGGGUGAAGCUCUGGGCUUUCAGCGCUGUUCCAGGAUAAAGUCUGAGUCUCCAUCAGUGGAGGGCUGUCCACCGGAACGGAAGGACAAAAGUUUAGCCAGUACAGAGAGAGACAGUGGCACUUCUGCAAGAGCCAAAGAAACCAACCUUUUCACCCAAUCACAGCACAGGAGGCACCUGGAACUUUGCAAUAGUAAACAGGGUGGUCAUUCUGAGCCAUAUUGGGUAUCUGUAUCUCCCCACGUGGGGACCAUGGACCCCAGUCACCCCAGUACUCACCAGCAUCCGUCUGCCUUUCAAACCCAGAGACCUCCAAUCAAUAAUCAGGAAUCCAUGGUGGGGUCCUGCUACAGUGGCACCAUCAGCAUGUCUGUACCUCACACUCUGAGUCUGAACCACAGUGCUGCUGUUUCAGGUACCGCUUCCAGCACCUCCCUCUCUGUGUCAGGUAAUGGUGGGGACAGCGGCAGUGGCACCGGCAGUGUCAUGUCUUUCUCAGUGACCGUCACUACCAUACCUGCCGGUCACCCUUUGGACCACAUAAACCAGGGGGAGGGGUCUCCAGAGCAGGGGUGUAUGGAGGUAUCUGGUAUAGAGGACGUUCAGUCUAAAUGCUACUGCCGACUCAAAGCUAUGAUCAUGUGUAAAGGGUGUGGGGCCUUCUGCCAUGACGAUUGCAUUGGCCCUUCGAAACUCUGUGUCUCGUGUCUAGUGGUACGAUAAAACGAAUAAUGUUAGAAAUGUAGAAAUGAUUUGUUUCAAAUCUUUAUUGUUGCACCAAGGAAUAAGUUAGCAUCAAGUAAUCUACCAUUGUCAAGAAGUAGUUACCAGCAGGGUUGGGGUCAAUUCGAUUUCAAUUCAGGAAGUAAACUGAUUUGAAUUCCGAUUCUAAUUUUCUCACAGAAAAAAAGGGGAAUUGCAAAGUCAGUUUAUUUCCUGAAUUGAUUAAAUUGAAGUGGGAUUGACCCGAACCAUGGUUACCAGGGUAAAAUGCACAGUGGCCAUACUAAACCCAACCCAUGGUUUUCAGUGGGGAGGCAAAGCAUUUACGCUAGACGAUCAUAGUCUUGUUUAAUCUGUUCCAUCUGAGAAAGACUGGUUUGUUUUGGCCAAUUCACAGUAGUAGUUUUGUUUUGAACUGUUCAAAUCAAAUCUGCACCUUUCAGACUUGAGACAUGUUGAAUCUUGGCAAUACUUUGCACUUGGACAUGUUAGUGUUCUAUAUUUUUGUAAAGAUAGUUUAGAUUUUUAAAAAGAAAGAAAAAAAUGAAUGUUGCUAUUUUUGUAGAACGUAAUAACACUGUUGUUAUGUUAAAGACUGCCACUCCUUGUUGUGGAGUUUAAGUUCUGAUGUUUAAAAAGGUGAAGAAGGGAGUUCAAUGAGGUUUGCGUGUAGGUGGGGGAGUACAAAUAUACUGAUUUAUAUCGAUUUUAAAGGUUGCAAUCAAUCAUUUAUAUAUUUACAGUACUAGAAACAGUCUUACAGAUAUAUAACAAUGAGAAUAGAUAUUUGAAAUUAUUAUUUUGAUUAUAAAAAAUAUGUCACAAUGAUUGCACUUAGCUUUUCUAAGUACUAACACUUACUGGGCAAAGGACUUGAAUGACAGCUCUACUGUGUGUAUACUGUACACUAUACAUGUAGUGUACACUGUACAUGUAGUGUACACUAUACAAGUAGUGUACAGCCUUCGUACUCUAACAUGGUGUUGAAAAGUUAAAGCACUUCACAGAUAAAUGGAUAAAUAGUGCCCUUCGAGGAGCAAGCUGAGUAGCCUGGUUCCAGAUCUGUUUGUAUUGUUUUACGACAGUGGCCAUAGGAGUUGUCAAUACAGUACUAACAUAUCUGCGGCAAGACUACUAACUAAGAUCUUUCCCAUUUCAGUCUAAGGUCAUUGGUGAAGUUUUACCGACACCGUGAACCUUCAUUGCCUCCUAAAACCUUGACUUAAAGAUAUUGUCUCAUGACGCAUUAUUUUUCAUACGUGGAUGCUUGUUUGUGGAUAGCAACGUAACUAUUAGCCGUGAUGUACAGUUAAAACACUCAGAGAAAGAAGGGAGUAAAAUGUAUUAUUCUUUUGCUUUGUAAAUAUUGUCUUUAAGCUAUAUUUAGAAAUGAAUUCUCUAUCUAAGCUUUAUGUACGUUGCUUAAGCAUAUCCAACAUUAUAUCCAACAUUAUAUGUUUUUAUUGCAAAAGAGUUUAUAUCUCUAAAAGAAACUACGCAAAAAUGUGUAUUUAAACGCUAAAUGCUGUACUCUCAAGAAACCAUUCAAAGUAUAGGCUCCUGGUAUAUACAGGUUGAUAGGGAGGUAGAGGUACAGUUUACUACAUAUAAAGCAAAGGCACAUAAUAUUGGUAUGCAUGGUGAUUGCAAUUAUAAAAUCUAAAUGUAUCAAUCAUAUUUUUGAAUGAUCUGACUAAAACUAAAGAUAGUUGCUGAGUACCGGUAUAUUUUAUAGAAAUCAUUUCCAUGGUAACAUGCCAAAGUCACCUCAUGAAAACUAAAAGAUCAGAUCUCUUUUUUUUUAAUGUCUGACUAGUUAAAGAAAGUAAUAUAUUUUAAGUCAUAUAUUUUAAUAUAAAAAAUCUAUUUACAAAUCUUUUUUUUUAAAGAACAGGGUAUUUUUUUUUAAAUGUUUUUGUUUGAGUGGACAGACCAAUUACUUUUGUAACAGAAAAAAAUCCCCAGGUUUUCUGAUUCUGUAUGUCCUUUUCCACUGAAGUCCUGCCUGGAAUAUUUUAACCCUCUGAACUGAAUGCUCUUGUAAUGACUUUGGUUAAUAAGAUAAGGGUCUUUGUUUUAUGUCUUACACAUAUUUCCAGCAUUAACUAUGUGCUUUAUUUAGGGAAAAAUUAAUGCCUGUAAAUUAACAAUACAAUUUCAUGGCACCGUUUGUAAGUGGUCGGUGGAUUGGAUCCAGGCUCUGUGUGUGUGUGUGUGUGUGUGUGUGUGUGUGUGUGUGUGUGUGUGUGUGUGUGUGUGUGUGUGUGUGUGUGUGUGUGUGUGUGUGUGUGUGUGUGUGUGUGUGUGUGUGUGUGUGUGUGUGUGUGUGUAUAUAUAUAUAUGUGUAUCACAUGAUUCUCAAAAAGUUUAAAGUCUACGUCCCAAAUAGCACCCUAUUCCUUUAUAAUGUUGGGAAUAGGGCGCCAAUUGGGAAGCAACCAAAUGGUUCAGAAAUGGAGGGUUCAUAUUUUGUAAGGAUAUAAAAGAGACCUUAUAUUUAUGAUUUCCCCUCUAUCAUUGCAAACUUUUUUGCAAAAAAUAUUUUAAAAAAUCUGUUGACUGACUUGUGAUGGUGGCUGGAUUGCAAAGAGAAAGUUGUUUUUACCUACAGUACAUUUUGUAAACAGGCAGCUAACGUCUUUAUUGAUGAAUAAUUGAUUUAGUAGCCUACUCAACUUUGUCCUUUUUCUCAAACCUUGAUUGACUUUUUUUUAAAGCAAUUGACAGCCUAAAUUCAGAGGGAUAUAUUGAUUAGAUUAAUUUUGAAACCUAAGGACAAAAAAUAAAGGUUGAGGAUAGAUUUGGGGGAAAGUGUUUUCUAAGUGUCAUCGGGCAAUCAAUAAUGGUUUGAAAAUGUCUGUUUGCUUGUCUUGUGAAGGGUACAUUCCCCUCUGUCUGUGUCAUUUUUGCUGUUUUUAGAUUUUAAAGUCUCCAUUUUAAAAUGCAGGUGAAUGUAAUAUAGUAAUCAGCACUUGUCAACAAAGAAUAAAUAACAAUGUGAAAACA